UGUUAGGAGGCCCAGGAGGCCCUGUCCGGGAGGGAGGAAGGUGGCAAGAUGGUGUUGGAAAGCACUAUGGUUUGAUGGGAGGCAGGGCUGUGUGACCGGUCCCUUCCCGGCCCGGCCACGCGUCUGCACCUGUGACCUCCCCGUGCCUUCUCCGGAGGGGCCGUUUAUGGUGCUGUCUGUGUGGCGGGCAUUCCCGGACUUGAUCUCCCUUCGGCCUCGCAGCACUGAGUUACAGGCGAGGGUACUCAGCCUCAGCGAUUUUGAAUGACUUGCCCACAGUCACGCAGCUAACUUAGUGGCGCGGGCAGGAUUUCAAGCGUGGACAACAGCGAGUAUAUGCGGAAUGGGGACUUCUUACCUACCCGGCUGCAGGCCCAACAGGACGCUGUCAACAUAGUAUGUCACUCCAAGACCCGUAGCAACCCUGAGAACAACGUGGGCCUCAUCACACUGGCCAAUGACUGUGAAGUACUGACCACACUCACCCCUGACACCGGCCGCAUCCUGUCCAAGCUUCAUACUGUCCAGCCCAAGGGCAAGAUCACCUUCUGCACUGGCAUCCGAGUGGCCCAUUUGGCUUUGAAGCACCGACAGGGCAAGAAUCACAAGAUGCGCAUCAUUGCCUUUGUGGGGAGCCCCGUGGAGGACAACGAGAAGGAUCUGGUGAAACUGGCAAAACGCCUCAAGAAGGAGAAAGUAAAUGUUGACAUUAUCAAUUUUGGGGAAGAGGAAGUGAACACGGAAAAGCUGACAGCCUUUGUGAACACGUUGAAUGGCAAAGAUGGAACUGGAUCUCAUCUGGUGACAGUGCCUCCUGGGCCCAGCCUCGCUGAUGCCCUCAUCAGUUCUCCGAUUCUGGCUGGUGAAGGCGGUGCCAUGCUGGGUCUUGGUGCCAGUGACUUUGAAUUUGGAGUGGAUCCCAGUGCUGAUCCUGAGCUGGCCCUGGCCCUUCGCGUUUCUAUGGAAGAGCAGCGGCAGCGGCAGGAGGAGGAGGCCCGUCGGGCAGCCGCAGCCUCCGCUGCUGAGGCUGGGAUUGCUCCGACUGGGACUGAAGGUGAAAGAGACUCAGACGACGCCCUACUGAAAAUGACCAUCGGCCAGCAGGAGUUCAGCCGCACCGGGCUCCCUGACCUAAGCAGCAUGACUGAGGAAGAGCAGAUCGCUUAUGCCAUGCAGAUGUCCCUGCAGGGCGCAGAGUUUGGCCAGGCAGAAUCAUCUGACAUUGAUGCCAGUUCAGCCAUGGACACCUCUGAGCCCGCCAAGGAGGAGGAUGAUUACGACGUGAUGCAGGACCCCGAGUUCCUGCAGAGCGUCUUGGAGAACCUUCCAGGUGUGGACCCCAACAAUGAGGCCAUUCGAAACGCCAUGGGCUCCCUGGCCUCCCAGGCCACCAAGGAUGGCAAGAAGGAAAAGAAGGAGGAGGACAAGAAAUGAGACUGGAGGGAAGGGUAGCUGAGUUUACCCGGGGGCUGCACAGGGUGGGUGGGAUAUAGGGCUAGAUGUUAACCAAUUCAACUAAAUAAAGCUUGGCAACUUUUUUUUUUUGUUCUUCAAAUAGUAGUUCUCUGAGUGUGAGAGAGAGGAGGAUAUGGCAUGAAGGAGCGCGUUCCCUGUUGAGUUCUCAGUGUCUUCGAUGUGGGGUCUCUAAAUCCUGACCCACUCCCCUUCCCAUCUCCAUCCAUGACCGUCUCCUCACAUUUCUCCUGCCCUGGGACUGUUUUACUUGCAUUAAGAGAAGCUUUGCUGAGAGUCGCUGUGUUGGGCUCUAGGGCCACAGAGGUGAACAGAAAACAGUACUGGCCUCUGGGGACUCUGAGUCUAGGGCAGGGCUGGCGCAUAAAUGAGCGAUUAGACACGUCUGCCACGUACCCAAAGCGGCGUGAGCAAGGCUCUUGGAGUCGGCGAGAAGAAAGGGCCAAACUCUUGCAGCCUCUGACGGCUCCUGGAGGUAACAUUUGAGCCCUCUAACGGUGAAACGAUUUUCAUCCUGGAGGAACAGGUGGGGAUGUGUCCAGUAUGUGCUGAUGGGGCGCAGGUGCUUUGGAGGAAUUGAGCAGCUCAGGACUGCUUGGGUGAGUGGCAGCAGAGAUGGUGAGUGGCAGCAGUCAACACCAAAGGUCAGCGGUCCUCAGGCCUGACUCACAAAGGGCUCUGUGACGCCCUGGAGCACCAAAUGUAGAGGAAAGCUUUUUGUGUGGGAUGGAAUGCAGAAUUCACAUUACCCACCCCCUUUAUUUUAUGAAAGAGGUAAAUAAUAUUUGACACAUGAAAUGCUUACGUAUAAAGCAUGAAACAUAAAAACAAACUGAACAUAUCUGAAGCCACUCAAAUUUAAGAGCUAGAAUAUUUCCUUGUCACAUAUCUCGGCCUUUUUUUUUUUAAAUCCUCACCCAAGGAUAUGCUUAUUGAUUUUAGAGAGGGAAGGAAGAGAGGAACAGAUGUGAGAGAGAACAUCGACUGGUUGCCUUCCAUACACGCUCCGACAGAAUUAAAUCCGCAACCUUUUGAUAGGCCAACGCUACAACCAACUGAGCCACACUGGCCAUGGCCCUCUGCCUUUAUUUUUUGUUUUAUUUUUUUAAUAUAUUUUUUAUUGAUUUCAGAGAGGAAGGGAGAGGGAGAGAGACAUAGAAACAUCAAUGAUGAGAGAGAAUCAUUGAUGGGCUGCCUCCUGCACGCCCCACACUGGGGAUUGAGCCUGCAACCCGGGCGUGUGCCUUGACUGGGAAUCGAACCAUGAGCUCCUGGUUCAUAGGUCAAUACUCGACCACUGAGCCAUGCCAGCUGGGCCCCUAUGCCACCUCUCCACAUCCUCCUCAAAGAUAACUAUUAGCCUGAAUUUUUAUUUUUUCCUUUCAGUUUUCUCAUAUACACAUAGCUUCCUGACCAGAAUAUGUUCAGCUUUGCUUGUUUUUGAGCUUUAUAAAAAAUACUUUUAUACUGUGAGACUUGGGACUUGGUCUUUUAACAACUGUUUUGUUUCUGGAGUUUCAUCAAAGUUGUUGCUUCAUUUUUCAUGGUUGUAUAGCAUUCUGUGAAUAGACUGCUGUCUUUAUUUUCCUAUUGAUGGACAUUUGCAUUGCUGCCAGUUAUAUUUCUGUUAUCAACAGUGUUACAGUGGGUUUUUUACAUCUGUCCUGAUGCACCUGUGCACAGGUUUCUUCAGGGCCCUUCACAGGGUGAUGCCAAAUGGUUCCUCAGAGUGGUUGUGUGAACUGCCCUCCGGCAGUGUAAGAAUUCCUGUUCUCAUUGUUUCCAGACCGUGAUGUUGGUAGGCUUUAACUUUCUGCCAGUCUAGUGAGGAUAGAACUCAUUGUGGUCUUACUCUGUAUUUCCCUGAUUACUAAUGAGAUUGAGCUUGAUCAUCUUUUCAUAUAUUUCUAAAUAAGUCUUUGUAUUUCCAUUUUUUGUGAAAUGUCUCUUCAUAUUUUUUGUCCCAUUUUCCUUUUGGGUUGUCUAUAUAUUGAUGUUCUGAAGGAAUGUUUUAUUAAAUCAUUAUUGGUUAUAUAUGUUGUAAA